AUGACUAUCAAGCAGGCGUGGGUACUGGUCCUUGCUCUCACAGCCGCCAACCUGAUGUAUGCGGGGUAUGUGGCUCAGCUACACGCCGCCAUCCUUCGCGAGCCGCUGACGGCCCCGCGGGUGGAAGGCAGCACGACUACUGAGAGAACACUUGUUGUCUAUGCCUAUUACGAGAACAUCGAUCUGGGAUAUCGCGACAAUGCGGCGUACUUUCUCCGUCACGGCGUGCUGGCCGGCUCGGCCGACAUCGACUUUGUCAUCGUCAUCUCGGGCGAGCACACCCUCGACUCUUUGACCAUCCGGCCGAGCCAACGCAGUGCUAGCGCCAUCCUUGGCGCACCCGACUCGGAGUGGCCCAUCAACGCACCCAACGUCCUGUUUGUCACCAAGGACAACCGCUGCUAUGACUUUGGCGCAUACGCCUUUGGCCUCGAUGCCGCCAAGGAGUGGAAGCCCGAGGCGCGGUACACCAAGUUUGUGCUCAUCAACUCCUCGGUCCGUGGUCCGUUCCUCCCACGCUACAUCACCGAGGCUGUGCCGGCUGUGCCGUGGACUUCCUGGCUCACCUCGCGGGUGACAGGCUCGGUCAAGCUUGUCGGCACCUCGAUCAACUGCCAGUGCUACGCGGUGUCGGACGAGCACGAUGAAUGGCCGCCGCCGGCUACGUCCGAUGACACUGCUGAGCGCUCGCUGGUCGAGAGCCUGUGGAGCUCGCUGGUAUCGGUGGCGGACACGCUGGUUGGUGGCGGGAAGCACGGCAGUGAAACGCGGUGUCUCCCGCACGUCCAGUCGAUGGUGCUCGCCACCGAUGUGACCGGCCUCGCCGCCAUGCGACGGGCCUCGGUCUUUGAGUGCCACUCCAAGCUCGCCCACGUUGUGUUCUACUCGGAAAUUGGAGCGUCCAAGGCCAUAUAUGACGCCGGCUACGACGUCUCUUCGCUAAUGCUCAAGUACGCUGGUUCGGAGAGAGACCACUCGUUCUCGUGGCGCGAGCAGUAUCUCUCUGGCUCGGCCAGCUGCAACCGUGGCGCCAAUCCGACGCUGCACUCGUCGUACGAUGGACGCGCGCUCGAUGCGCUCGAAGUCAUGUUUGUCAAGGCCAAAAAGGAACUCUCGCCGGGCUACAACACAGUCGCCGCUCUCUCGCGCUACGCGCUUGCUAUCGAGGUAGCCGCAGACUCUGAACUCGGCGUCCACGUCCGCGACUCCAACGCCAUGGUCGACGACAAGCGGAUCGCGCAGCGGAUCCGCGACGCCUUUGCCGCCGAAGCCAGAGCCGCCGCCGACUGCUCGCUCGACUUUGACGAUGCAUUUUACCUCGCCGCCAACCACGAUGUGGCCGAGGUUGGCAUGGAGCCGUACAUGCACUGGCAGCGUGACGGCUUCUUUGAGGGACGCCGCUUCCGGUGGAAGGCCCCCACCGCCGCCGACGAGCCCGGAACCGCCAUCGGCAUUCCGCGCAAGUGUGAGCCACUUCUUCGCACUCGUAUGUUCCACGGCAUCGACUACGACUAAAGACCUUCAUGCCCGA